AUGGACGAGCAUCUCCUCGUGCUGUCGCGCAUCGUGGAGCUGGCCUCCGCGGAGACGGGCAUCGACCAGCCCCUGUGCACGAGCUGCGCGGCCCGCUUCGCCAAGGAGCUCGAGCGCGAGGUCCAGGAGGCCAAGGACGACAUCAGAGCGUACGAACAGGCCCUGGAGCGCCUCGAGGCGAUGCCGGCGGACUCCGCGGUGAUGGAUGCGCUGCACCGCGAUGUGGAGGAGACGGAGGCGCAGAUCCGCGAGGAGGAGGCGGCACUGGCGGUGCUGCACGAGCGCAAGCUGGAGCUGAUCAAGGAGCUGGACGACACGGCGGCGGAGGAGGCGCGCGCGCGGGAAGAGAGCGACGCCGCGGACCGCCUGCUUCUCGAGUACGAGGCGGGGCUGCAGGAGCACCUCGGCGAGCGCGACGCCCUCCUCGCGAAGAUCAACCGCGCGGAGCGGGAGCACGACCGGCUCACCAAGGCGCGGCCGUUCGUGGACUGUUUCCACAUCUGGUACGACGGGCCGUUCGGGACGAUCACGGGCUUCCGGCUGGGCCGCACGCCCGAGGAGCCCGUGCCGUGGGAGGAGAUCAACGCCGGGCUCGGGCAGUGCGUGGCGCUGCUCGACGCCAUGGCGCGGGCGUGGCGCCGGCCCUUUUCCAAGUACCGGCUGGUGCCGAUGGGCAGCACGUCGAAGAUCGUGGACGGGAAGACGACGUACCCGCUGUACGGGCCGCCGCGCGUGAAGAUCCUGGCGUGGAAGUUCGACCACGCUAUGGUGUGCUACCUCACUUGUUUAAAUGAGUUCGCGACCUUUCUGGCGGAGCAGGAGCCGCCCACGGGGGGCGGCAACGUGAGGCGUCUGGAGCUGCCGUUUCCGAUCGAGGGCGACCGCGUGAACAACAUGACGGUGAAGGUGUCGUUCAACCGGGAGGCCACGUGGACGAAAGCUCUCAAGUACAUGUUGGCAGACUUGAAGACGGUUGUGCACUACAUGCUCGACAUCACGGACGGACACCCCGCCGACGCGCUGGGCUGGGUGCCCUCGGAGGCCGCGGCGAGGGAGGACCCCGGGGCGCAGCGGCGCCAGAGCGCGGGCGCAGGGCCGUCGGGGGUGCGGCAGGGGUGA